GGGAAACUUGUGAGAGUCAGACGACGGUCCACAGUCGGCGAGAGCCCUGCAUGAAGUGUCAUGAAGGAUUCUCAGGCCAUCCCGUUCUGGGCUCCCAUGAUCUCGGUCUCGUCCAGGCUUCCAAGUCAUCCCAUUUGCGACGUUGCUAACUCGCUGCGCGUCGCCCCCCACAUCCCAUCUCCCACAAAGUCACAGUUUGACGGAACUGCCUCGAGUGUUGAUCCAGAUGAUAUAUCUCAUCCGAGGGUAAGAGCCUGAAGAAGCGCUGUUGAGAUUGCCAUUUUCCAAGGCUUCGUCUGUCAUUGCUACGACAGAGGAGAAUCAGGAACAAUAAGCAACUAUGGCUUCCCCAAUUCCCUCGGCGGGUUUGCCCACGACUUUGGCCAGCAACUUGACUGAUUUCGCCGGCAAUGUCGUCAGCGUGAUCAGUCCGUACAUCCCAGAUGCUAUCAAGUCCAACCUCAACUCGCUUGCGUCGUCCAAGUUGACACAGGAAAUGACAAAGAGCUGGAACUGGGCCGCGUACUCUACGCUUCUCAUCGCAAGCAUCUACGUCUUCGAUUGGGGAGCGAAAUCGCGUCGCGACAAGAGGCUUCGCGAUUUCGGCUCCCCGCCUCCUUUGGUUCCCUUCAAGGCGCCUUUUGGGAUCGACUUGGCUGUGUACUCCUUAUACAGAUUCUUCAAGUUCACCUUCUUCGAGCUUGUCAACAGCUGGCUUGAGGCCGUACCUGGCCGUACUGUCGAGAUGCGUAUGUUUGGCACAGGCCUCAUCUUCACUGAUGAGCCCGCCAAUAUCAAGGCGAUAAUGUCAACAGAGUGGUCCAGCUUCGGAAGAGGCGAAGUCACCAAACGUAUCUGGGGAGAUAUGCUCGGAGAGACACAGAUCUUCGUUGUGGACGGAGAAGACUGGCACAACAGCAAAGAGCGCAUCAAGGGGCAUGUUAUGAAGAUGCGCUCGGACGAUCUUGAGAUCACCGAGAAGCAUGCCCAGCAACUCUUCAAGCGUUUUGAUGUCGGCAAGCCCAUUGAAGUCUACGAUGUCGCCGACCGUUAUCAGCUCGAUGUAGUCUCAGAGGUGUUCUUCGGCGAGUCUGCUGACUCUCUCACGGGGCACCACCCUUUCAGAGACCCCAUGGAGACCCUGCACCCCAUCAACACGGCGCGAAUGUUGUUCGGAAAGAAUGCUUACUAUGUCAAAGACAAGUACCUGGCUCCCAAGGCGCUCAAGGAAUUGAACGGCUAUACUUCGGGAAUUGUCGACCGCGCGUAUGCAAGAGACCUGUCAAAGAAGUCGCCUGAAGAUUACAACAUGCUGGACGACCUUGUGAGCCAGAAGAAGAGUGUCAAAGAUAUCAAAGACUCCAUGAUGACCAUCAUGCUUGGUGGAAAGGAUCCCUCGGCAAUUCUUAUCGCUUGGGCUAUCUUCCUGAUGGGCAAGUACCCAAACGUCAUGAAGAAGAUGCAAGCCGAGGUUGCGCGAGUAUCUGGCGACGAGCCCCCUUCUGCAUCUGAUCUCAAAGAAAUGACUUACAUCCGACAUGUCAUUAACGAGACUUUCAGACUGUAUCACCCUCUCGGUAUGAACGUUCGGAUGGCCCUUAAGGACGCCACCCUGCCGAUCGGCGGAGGAAAGAGUGGAAGAGACCCUGUCGCAGUUCCCAAGGAUACAACCAUCAUCUACUCUCUUGGUGGUCUUCAACGCCGCAAAGAUAUCUACGGUGAGGAUGCUCUUGAGUUCCGACCCGAGCGUUGGGAGGGAGCCAACAUCAAUCGCUGGCACUUCAUUCCGUACAACCACGGUCCUCGUCACUGCCUAGGUCAGAAGUUUGGGCAGCAACAGAUGGAGUACAUUCUGGCGAGAAUUUGCCAGGAGUAUCAAGAGAUUCGGAUCCCCCCCGGCCAGCCGGAGCAGCAGAUCCGCAUUGAGUUGAACUUGAAAAUGGCACAUCCUUGCAUGUGUGAGUUUGUCAAGAAGAACAAAGGCAACUAGGUUUUUGUAGCUAGAUAUGGACCACCGCGUAUGAUGCGUCCGGAGGAUUUGGUUCCAAUUGAGUCUUAUUUACUCAUACAUGGUGAGGCGUCCGCAGAAAUCCGCGAUGGUAGUUGACCAGUCGUCUGAGAAAUAGCCAUUUUAUAGCAAAUCACGAAAUAAAUGCCCAUGAGUUCAAAGAAGCGGACCUUGUUGAUUCGACAGAAGUCUGCCAUCUGAUUA